AUUCGACAUCUCGGAAUCUCCCACGAACCUCAUCCUCUCGCCCAAUUCACGCCAAGUUCCAACUAGCUUACAUACGAUCUCCGAUGACACUAAAAUCUUCAUAUGUGACAUUCCGACCAACAUCCUUGCUAGCAUUGGGCUUGAAGCACAGCCUAGUACCAAUAAAGCUGAUUCACGCCAUGCUAUUCUGCUCAACGUAUGUGGACCCGCCCUUUCCUUCAUCUGCACCACACUGUUAUUCAUUACAAGUCCGAUGCGAUACCUCGUUCCGUGCGUCGUAAACCAGUGAUAAUACCUGCCAUGUCUCCCAUCCCUCGACCUUUGCCUGCCAGGUAUCCACAUGCUCGCCUCCGCUUUCUACGCAAGCUCUUUUCUCGUACAGACGCGGGUCGCAUCGAUGAGCCUAAUCCCCUGGAUGUAUGUUUCUUUUACCUGUUUGCCUCCCAGUUGACUCCAGUUAACUCACAGUUUCCUGCUACAUCACCCCUGCCUCGUUCACUUCCAAUACACGACGAGAAUUCUCGAUGCACACCAGCACCACCCAAUCCUCCGUUAUCAAUAAUUCCCCAACCCUCAGAUCAAAUCGACUAUCAAGCUGGUGGCGUGCAUCGCCAACUAUCGUUGAUGUUCCUCUCGCGCCGGGUAGACUGCGGUAUGCUGCAGCGGGCGCUCCCGGCCCUGAUGAUGAGUUGAUACGCGACGAAGAUUAUGUCUCUCCCCCUUCCCCUAAUCCCGGCUCGCGCCCAG